ACUUUCGGCUACUAUGAUUGAUCCGUUGAAACAAUGAUAGACAUGUAUUUUAAUUAUUUAAUAAACUAAUAGAGCUAGGCCAAAGCUUCUUAUUCCAGUCCCCGCCUAGGGUUCUAUAGAGAUUUCCAAUAGUUUCAUCACUUUUGAGAUUCCUGUAGUCAUCUUCAAGCUAUAGAAAAUGCAAAUGCAUAUUAUGAAGAACUAGUGAAGGUUUCAGCUUUGUUUCCUCUUAAAUUAUCUCCACUGGUUAUCUAUUUUUUUGAGCGUUGUGCAUCUGAAGAGAGGGAUUUCUUAGUUUAAAGACCUUCGCUCCACUGCUUACAAGACUCAUUGAAAAACAUUUCUAAAUUAGCUCAAGAAAAUAUAUAUGAUAAAUCAAUCUAAUCCUCUAAAGCUGACACCAGAGUUAUCAAUCCAUAUCAAAAUUCAUGGAUUCUUGCUGUGGGCUUCACUUGGUUUCUUAAUGCCACUAGGGGUGGUCAUUAUCAGAAUGUCGGAGAGUGCUAAAUCAAUUAAAAUGGUCAAGGUUUUGUUCUACACUCAUGUAACUGUUCAGAUUCUGGCAAUCCUACUUGCUACUGUGGCAGCUGUUCUUUCACUAAUCAACUUUGAGAACUCCUUCAACAACACUCACCAGAAAAUUGGGUUGGUUCUAUAUGGACUCAUUUGGAUUCAACCUCUAAUCGCCUUUGUGAGGCCUAGAAGGGGGAUGAAAACCAGGAGCUUGUGGUACCUGGUGCAUUGGCUGCUUGGAACUGGAGUCUGUGUGUUGGGCAUAGCCAACAUCUUCAUUGGCCUGCACACCUUCCAUGAGAAGACCUCAUCAAUUGUAAGCUUGUGGGCUGUGCUUUUCACUGCAGAAGUCUCAUUCAUGGCCUUUCUCUACCUCCUGCAAUGCAAAUGGGAGUAUGUGAUGAAGCAGGGAGUUACUCAAGAUGAGCAAAUCAGACCCGCCGACCAUGCUUCUCCAACUAGAAACCAGAAAGAGAUGGUAGUGCUGCCCUAGAUACCAAUGAAAUGGUCACUCAUUAAUUUCCAUGUAAUUUAAAAUGUUCUCUUUUGGCUAUAAUAUGACUUUGUGGUUCAGUAGUUUCUUCAGGAGAUUGUUUGGAGAUGUCUUAGGAGCCUAAAAAUGUAGUGUAUAAUUUUAAGAUAACAUAUGCCAUAUCGCUUGAAAUCAAAUACUUC